CGUGUUUACGAAUAAGCAGCGCCGCAUUACAUAAUCUCUCAUCGAUGGUGUAACCCUUCGCCUCAGCCCUUUUUUACAGCUUUGCUGCGGUACUUUAUACAUUAUUAAUGGGUUCAAACAGGAUCUAUAUAAGUGUGGGUUAUGCCACAUUCGGUAUGUUGGUAGGAAUUUCGGCUUUUAUCGUGUGGAAUGUGGUUUAUAAACAGCCAUGGACGGCGGCGAUGGGCGGAUUAUCAGGAGUUCUGGCACUCUGGGCUUUGGUCACCCACAUUAUGUACAUUCAGGACUACUGGCGCACAUGGCUGAAGGGACUCAAGUUCUUCAUGUUUGUUAGUACGGUCUUCUCCCUCCUGGCUAUUGCUGCUUUUGCCACUUUCAUAGCUUUAGGUGUUAUAGAAAAGCAAUCAAUAACUGACCCUAAGAGCUUCUAUCUGUCAGCCGUGUGGAGCUUCAUGACUCUUAAAUGGGCCUUCCUGCUGGGCAUGUACUCCUACCGCUACCGUCAGGAGUUUGCCGACAUCAGCAUCCUCAGUGACUUUUGAUUGGCUCCUUCAUCUGUAAUAGAUUUGUAGUUGCCAGUCGGUGGCUUCACCUGCCAAUGUGGAGAUGGAAGGAUGGAUGGAUGGAUGGAUGGAUCUCCUUUUUAAAACCGUUUUACGGCCUCCUUUCUUUCACAGAAAAGACUCAGUCUCAGCCCCUCCUUUCCUCACAUCCGGGCCCUGGAGAAAGAAGUCAGUGAAUAUCUGUGAUCCGCCUCUUUCCUGUCUUUUUGAGUUAAUAGGGGGGGUUUAUAUUGACAUUGGAUAAAAGUGUAUUAGGUGUUUCGAAGGCAGUGGAUACACUAGAAUGUGGUCACAGGUAGUUGUUACUUUACUCAGGGCAACUUCUCUCCAAAUGUCAGAUGUGAAAUGAAAGCUGUCCUUCACUGUCAGAAAAAAAGUGCAAAAAUUGUACAUUGAGCAGUGCAACAGCUUGUCUACCCCUUUGUAAGUGUGUGUAUUCGUAUCUGAAAGUAAUGAUAUGCAUUCUUAGGGUACCACUAUAAAGCAUUUUUGGUGAGUAUGGUCUAAAAGGCUCACUUUAAAAGAAAUGCUGUAGUGACAAGGUACAAUUUAUGCACUUUUUUUUUUUCUAAGAGUAUUGAAUGAGUGUAUGAUGAAGGAUUUGCACAGCUGUAUCUAAGGAUUUCAGCCAGCAAUGGUGGAAUUGACUUUUAUUUAAUGUUACUAUUGUUUUCAGACAUAGUGUUCUUUAUUGUUUGCCAUAUGUAUGUUGUUUGUUUUAAAUGUUGUUUAUACUGAGUUCUCUCUAUAAUUGGCUGUGUUCGGAACUGCAUACUACCAUACUAGUACUUCUGCAGUAUGUACACUAUAUAUAUAGAGAGAGUUCAGAGGCAAAACCAGCUAAAAAGCCAUCUUGGUCAAAAAUGAGAUAAUGAUACUAAGUGAAUGCUCCUGACACAUAGUAUACGUCCAUCAAAUACUUUUACUUCAAGCUCACUAAAAUAUAAUAUUCAUAUACAUAUAGGUGUGUGUAUUUAUAUAUACAGUUAUACAGUACACAUACAUAUUAUGUAAACACAACAUUUUAUUUUGGAUGCGAUUAAUCAUGAUUAAUUGAUUUGACAGCACUAAUUCUGAUACAUCUGAACAUUUCUCUGAAAUUGUAUGCACAGCAUACUAAAUCUCACAGUGAAAGAAAGAAGUAUCUUAUGCUCACUGAGGCUGAAUUAAUUAGGUCAAAAAAAGAGUAAAAACAGUAAUAGUGUGAAAUAUUACAAUUUAAAAUAAUCGUUUUCUGUGUAAUAUAGUGCUGUCAAAUUGAUUAAACGCGAUUAAUCACAUCUAAAAUAAAAGUUUGUUUACGUAAUAUAUGUGUGUGAAUAGAUAUAUACAUCUAUGUGUGUGGGUAUUUAUAUGUACAGUACACAUACAUAUAUUAUGUAAACACAUCAUUUUAUGUUGGAUGCGAUUAAUCAUGAUUAAUCGAUUUUACAGCACUAAUACUGAUACAUCUGAACAUUUCUCCAAAAUUGUAUGCACAGCAUACUAAAUUUCACAGCGAAAGAACGAAGUAUCUUAUGCUCAAUGAGGCUGAAUUAAUUUGGUCAAAAAAAACAAAAAACAGUAAUGGUGUGAAAUAUUACAUUUUAAAAUAAUCAUUUUCUGUGUAAUAUAGUGCUGUCAAAUUGAUUAAUCGUGAUUAAUCACAUCUAAGAUAAAAGUUUGUGUUUACAUAAUAUAUGUGUGUGAAUAUACAUCUACGUGUGUGUAUUUGUAUGUCUAUUACACAUGUAUAUUAUGUAAACACAAGCUCUUAUUUUGGAUGUUUAAUAAUCACGAUUAAUCAGUUUGACAGUACUAGUACUGAAUACAUCUGAACAGUUCUCUCAAAAUGUAUGCAUAGGAUACUAUAUGUUACAAUGAAAGAAAGAAGUAUCUUAUGCUCAUUGAGGCUGCACUUAUUUGGUCAGAAAUAGAGCAAAAACAGUAAUGGUGUGAAAUAUUAUUACAAUUUUAAGUAAUCGAUUUCUGUGUAGCGUAGUGCUGUCAAAUCGAUUAAUCGUGAUUAAUCGCAUCUAAAAUAAAAGUUUGUUUACGUAAUAUAUGUGUGUGAAUAUAUAUACAUCUAUGUGUGUGUGUUUGUAUUUAUACAGUACACAUACAUAUAUUAUGUAAACACAGAAUUUUAUUUUGGAUGCAAUUAAUUGUGAUUAAUUGAUUUGACAGCACUAAUACUGAUAUAUCUGAACAGCUCUCCUAAAAUUUAUGCACAGGAUACUGUAUCUCACAGUGAAGUGCUGCUGGCUUUCCAUUACCAACGUGAUGAGCCGUAAGUAAUAUGAGCCUUUUAAACAUGUUGACUCACUAUAUUUGAUUAGACUACUAAAAGUCAAGAGAUGCAAAAUAACCAUGCAUUGGUUCUCACUGAAAUGUGACAAUGUAGCAUUCUAAGUUUAUUGGUGCAUAAUGCAUUGUUUUGCAUACUAACUUUAUAUCCAUAGUAAAUAUUUGGCAGUGUGGCUAGUAUUCAGUUCCAAACCUUACCACUGAUACAUUUUAGUAUUAUUAUGGAGUUCCUCUCUUUGCCACUAGUAGGGGUGAUGGAGCAACUGGUUCUCAGUUCUCUACAGAUGUUUUUAGUCAUGUAUUAUCACUAAAUUGUACUCAAGUUAAAACCAUGAGCUGAAUUCACCAUAUUUUUGAAUACUAAAUAUGUGAUGUCAUCUGAAAUGUUGCUGUUUGAUUAUUUUUCUUCAAGAUAUUAUGAGACAAAACAAGUUUAUGUUUAUGUUUAUGUUUAUGUAAAAUUCAUGUUAUGUUUAUUUGAAGGAUGAGCGUUGUAUGUGUGUUAAGUGUGGUUGCUUGGUCUGAUCUGUAAUAAUUUGCAGAUGUUAAAAAAUAGUUCUCCCAAAAUUCUGUCAUUAUUCACCACCAUGUCAUUUCAAAAAUUUUGUACAAUCAAAAGUGAAACAGACCUAAAUUUUACUCAUUAUUCAAUGAAUUUCUCUUUUGCGUCCCACAAGAGAGAAAAACAAAUUAUAAUGAGGGUGAGUAAAUCAUUUUUGAAGUCAUUUUUAGGAGCCAAAAUGUAACAAAAACAGAUUACUUUGCACUAGAUUGUAUAGAAAUGUUAAAUGUAUUAUCUGUUUAAACAAGUCGAAGGGGUCACCUUCAAAAUGAUGAACUUUUACCUAAAAUAUUUCACUCUUUAGCAUGUGUGUAAAGCAGUUUUGUACCAUAUUGCUUUUAACCAGCUGUAUGCAGAUUCUUCACUGAUUACAGUUAUACUACCUGCAGCUUAAAACUUUGCACAGUAUGUGUUACAUUGGGACAUUUAAAGGGGAUUAAAAUACUGCUGUUUUAAUCUAUCCCACAAA